CGCACCAUGUUGCGCCGACUACGACUAAGAUAUUGAAGAUACCGGGGGUGUGUCUGGGAUGGAGCAGUUAAUUUUUCUGGUGUCGCAUAUACUGAAGAAAUCUGGCUGGCGCAAGUAUAGAGCGAUUGAACUGCGCUGCGUUGUUUAUGUCGAUUGCUCGAAGAACCAGCUGCAAAGAUGAUGAGAAGAAAAGGCGGCUCCAAACUUUUUGGCCCGAAAAGCGAAAAGCUGCCCGCGCCCACCAGCCACGCAGAACAGCAUUCAACACCGGCCGCGUGUUGCGUCUCUACAUAAUACAAUCCCACGCCCGCCAUGCUUCUUCUCGACUACCAAAAUGUCCUGAUCGAGUCGCUGCUCAGAGACCGUUUCGUGCCAGGGUGCGUGCGCUUUCAUACCCCGCGGCCUCCUCCGCCACCACUCAGUCGGUCGGCCAGUCAUCAGCUAACACACGCACAAGAGCAUCGCCCGUAUCAAUUGACCAGGUCGUCUCCGACUUCGACGGCGUCACCUUCCACAUCUCCACCCCGGAGUCCAAAUCCAAGAUUGUCGUGUCGAUACACGUGAAGUGCUACUCGGAGCUUGUGCAGUAUGGCGCCCAGGCAGUGCUCGAGCGGGAAUAUGGUCCCUAUAUCGUGGACCCGGAGUCGGGAUACGACUUUUCUGUGCAGAUUGAUCUCGAGAACCUACCCGAGGACCAGGAAGCCAGGGACGACCUGAUGCGCCGCAUAUCCCUCCUCAAGCGCAAUGCUAUGGCCGCACCCUUUGAGCAGGCUUUUGACGAGUUCCACCAACUACAAGAGGAGGCCUCCAAGUAUACUUCGGAAUCCGCACCACAGGGUGUCAAAGAGGGCGGUGAAGUCCGUGCAAUCCACUACCGAGAAGAAGAGGCCAUUUACAUCAAGGCCAGCCACGACAGAGUGACGGUGAUAUUCUCAACCAUUUUUCGGGAAGAGACGGACAGGAUUUUUGGCAAGGUCUUCCUGCAGGAAUUCGUCGACGCUCGACGAAGAGCAAUCCAGAAUGCGCCUCAAGUCUUGUUCUUGAACGAACCGCCUCUAGAACUGCAAGGCAUUCCCGGCGUAAACACUUCCGGCUCCGGCGAAAUCGGCUACAUCACAUUUGUCUUAUUCCCCCGUCACCUGACAAAUCAGCGCCGCGCCGAUGUCAUUUCACAUAUCCAAACCUUCCGCGAUUAUUUUCACUAUCACAUCAAAGCUUCCAAAGCAUAUAUCCAUUCACGCAUGCGGAAGAGGACUGCCGAUUUCCUUCAAGUUCUACGCCGUGCUCGACCCGAAGCAGAGGAAAAGGAGCGCAAGACAGCUAGUGGAAGGACAUUCAAGGUCCAAUCAUGA